GGGAACGUACGGUACAUGCAGGAGACACCGUUCUGCCUCAGAGUUGGACACCUUCUCCCCUACUCCAUGUCAGAUUCCAACAUAACCAACUUCAUCAACCCCUCCACCUUCAUCCUCCUGGGCAUUCCUGGCCUGGAGGUGGCCCAUGUCUGGAUCUCCAUCCCUUUCUGCACCAUGUACAUCAUAGCUGUCUUGGGGAACUUCACCAUCCUGUUCAUCGUGAAGAGGGAGCCGAGCCUCCAUGGGCCCAUGUACUAUUUCCUCUGCAUGCUGGCUGUCACCGACCUGGUCCUGCCUACAUCCAUCCUGCCCAAAACGCUGAGCAUCUUCUGGUUCAAUUCCAGGGAGAUAGAUUUCAGUGCCUGCCUCACCCAGAUGUACUUCAUUCACUGCUUCACAGGGAUGGCGACUGGGAUCUUCGUGGCCAUGGCCUUGGAUCGCUACGUGGCCAUUUGCCAUCCCCUGAGACAUUCCACCAUCCUGACAAACCCCAUGGUUGCCAAGAUCGGCCUGGCCAUGGUUCUGCGCAGCAGCAUAUUUGUACUGCCCUAUCCCUUCCUGGCAAGGCAGUGGCCAUAUUGCAGAACCAACAUCAUCCCCCACACAUACUGCGAGCACAUAGCUGUGGCGAAGCUGGCCUGCGCUGACAUCCGAGUCAGUAAUUACUAUGGCCUCUUUUUGCUAUUCUCUGGGAUGGGUCUGGAUAUGCUUUUUAUCACCGUGUCCUAUAUCCAGAUCCUCAGGGCCGUCUUCAGCCUCCCCACAAAGGACUCCCAGCUCAAGACUUUUGAGACCUGCAUCUCCCACCUCUGUGCUAUCUUAACCUUUUACGUCCCAUCUCUCUUCUCCUUCCUCACGCACCGGUUUGGCCACAAUGUGCCCCUGCAUUUCCACGUUCUCAUGGCCAACGUGUACCUCCUGGUGCCCCCCGUGCUAAACCCCAUCAUCUAUGGUGUGAGGACCAAACAGAUCCGGGACAGGCUGCUCUGGCUCUUUACUCAUAAAGGGACCUAA